GGUGAGGUGGCCUGGCGUCUGUACGACACGUACGGCUUCCCCGUGGACCUGACGUCGCUGAUGGGCGAGGAACGCGGCCUGAAGAUCGACAUGGAUGCGUACGAGGCCGCCAGGAAACAGGCUCAGCUGAUUUCUCAGGGCGGCGGUAAGGGCGUGGACGACCAGAUUAACCUGGACGUGCAUGCCAUCGCGGACCUGCAGGGCCGCGGUGUACCGCCCACCGACGACUCGCCAAAGUACGACUACAGCGCCGCGUCGGCCGACCCCGACUCUGUCUACGAAUUCGGCACGUGCCAGGGUCGCGUGGUGGCACUGCGCUGCGACAAACAGUUUGUCCAGGAGGUGCCGUCGGGCCGCGAGUGCGGUAUUCUACUCGACCGGACCUCCAUGUACGCUGAACAGGGUGGCCAGAUCUGGGACGAGGGGUAUAUGACCAAGGAGGGCGACGAGGAGACGGAGUUCACGGUGAAGAAUGUCCAGGUUCGCGGCGGUUACGUGCUCCACAUCGGCUCCCUGGCUGGAACGCUGCGCGUCGGGGACACCCUGAACGUGUUCAUUGACCAGGAGCGUCGUAAGCAGGUGAUGAACAAUCACACUGGUACUCACGUGCUCAACUUUGCGCUGCGACGAGUGCUGACGUCGGAGGCGGAUCAGCGCGGCUCCCUGGUGGCCCCCGACAGGCUGCGGUUCGACUUCACCAGCAAUAGCGCCAUGAAGUCGGACCAGGUGAAGCAGUGUGAACAGAUCGCCAACGACCUCAUCUCGCGUAACGGCGAGGUGUUCGCCAAGGAGUCGCCGCUGGCGCUGGCCAAGUCGAUCCAGGGCCUGCGGGCCGUGUUCGACGAGACCUACCCGGACCCCGUGCGGGUCGUCUCCAUCGGUGUGCCGGUGGAGGACCUGCAGGCCGACCCGAGCGGUCCGGCGGCCACCCAGACCUCGGUGGAGUUCUGCGGCGGCACCCAUCUCCGACGCGCCGGCCACAUCGGACCGUUUGUCAUCGCCUCGGAGGAGGCCAUCGCUAAGGGCAUCCGACGGAUCGUGGCGCUCACUGGACCUGAGGCCACCAAGGCGCUGCACCGUUCCGCCGCCCUGGAGAACCAGCUGAACGUGUUGUCCGAACAGCUGAACGACCCGCAGCUCUCCAGCAAGGAACUCGUCAGGCGCAUAGUGGAGCUGACCGACGAGAUCUCACAGGCCACCAUCCAGCAGUGGAAGAAGGACCAGCUGCGUGCCGAGCUGACUAAGAUGAAGAAGCAGUUGGACGACAAGGACAAGGCGAGGAAGGCGGCCGUCAUGACCUCGGUGGUGGAGGAGACGAAGGCGUUCGUCACCGCCAACAAGGAGCUGCCCUGGAUCGUGCGCCGGCUGGAGGCCUACUCAAACACAAAGGCGCUGGAUGCUGCCCUGAAGCAGGUGAAGGCCAUCGCGCCUGAGAUGUCGGCCCUGUUCCUCUCUGUGGACGAGGAUGCGGGGAAGGUCGUAUGUCUGAGCGCUGUGUCAAAGCCGGCGCUGGCGGCCGGUCUGAAGGCCAACGAGUGGGUGACCAAGCUGACCGAGCUAAUGGGCGGCCGAGGAGGCGGAAAGCCCGAGUCAGCUCAGGCAGCCGGCACCAACGUCACCGCCGCCGAGGCCUGUCUGGAGGCGGCCAGACAGCACGCGCGCACCACGCUCGGACAGGACAGCCAGCCCGUCGAAGUCCAGGUACCCACUGCCAGUAACGCUGCCCCGUCGCCAGCCUCCAAGACUGCCAAACCCUCCAAGGCAAGUGCCAAGUCUUCCUCCAAGUCACCGGCCGCCAGUUCCGCGGUGCCCAGCUCAGGCCCGGUACUGUUCUGCGGCUCAGGCGACCCGCGCGCGCUGCUCUGCCAUAUCGCCGCCGGCUACUCGGGCCUCUCUCUGCCGGUGACGGAGGCGCCGGCGCCGGACGCGGUCCCGCUCGGUCGCCGUCCGACGCUGCGCACCGCCGACGGCACGCUGAUCUGGGACGCCGCGGCGGCCGCGCUGCACCUGGCGCCGGCUCAGCUGCGCGGCGGCGCCGACCCGGCCUCGGAGGCGGCCGUGCUGGCCGCGCUCUUCCAGGCGGACGAGCUGCGCCAGCUGGUAGCCGGCUGGCUGGCGGCGGGCGCGCCGGCGCAGCAGUCCGCCGCCAGCCGCCAGGCGGUCGAACAGUGGCUGGAGCGGCUGGACACCGUGCUGCGAGACCGCACCUACCUGGUGGGCGAGCGGGUGACGCUGGCAGACCUGGCGCUCAGCUGCGCGCUGCUGCCCGCCUUCACUGGAGGUCUGGACGGUCGGCAGCGGGCGCGGCUCGUCUGUGUUACCCGCUGGUUCCGCACCGUGGUCCACCAGCCGCCGGCCGCCGCGAUACUCGGCGAGGUGAAACUCCACGAGUAGGCCCGACCGCCCGGCCGCUCACCGGUGGGUUAUUUAUUGUUUCGGCCGGUGAGAGGGCCGUUCGGGAUGGUCAGCUCUCCAGCGCUGCGGUAGGUGGACCGCCCGGUCCCCUCUCAUUGCCCACACGCUCAGAGCGCACUGUGGUGGGCCUGUCUAAAGGUGAUAGCAUUGCGUCCCGGUUUUGGAAAAUGAAUUUUGAACGACAUGCUUGUGGCCUGGUAGUUUGUUACGUGGGGAGCGAAGGUGGUGGAUGUCCCGGGUGCUUUACGAGCGAUGAUGUUAUCUGGUAUUAAGACACUAAGUGCAAUUAAUUAUUUGCGUAUGACUUAGUGAUAAACGCCGAAAUGGUUCAAAGUUCAGUAUUGUGGAGGGAACAAAUGCUGCCUACGCCGUAUAAAUUGCCAAUAUAGCGAAAUGCUACAUAACUCUGAUUUCCGCUGUUUACCAUAAAAGUUCUACUUUGCAACUCAGUAUGGUACUCCUUUACUACCUGAUUUGGAAUGUGCAUAACCAAUGUUGCCACUUACAUAGGUACAAGGUUUAGCUCAAUUCGAUAUUUUUAUCGGCAGGGAUUUUCAUUGAUCUGUAAAAUACAUAUUGCAAGUCGCUGAA